AUGGCGGCAGUUAAGCAGAGAAUGAUAGCAGCCAAGAACCAGCGCCAGGGUGCAGCACUGCAGGCUCUCCAACCGAUGAUGGUUCCAGCCAACAAUAUUUGAUCCCUGGCUACAAUCUAAUAUUCAUCAAAGAGGAUGCAUAUGUUGAGCAAGAGGCAGAAGGAAGUUCAGUGAAGAGUGAAACGGAGAUGUGGCCUCCAAACUGCAUCACAUCAGGAACUGCCAAUGCAACAGAAGUGGGUGGACUGAAGGCACAUUCAAUCUCUCCAGUGGGAAAGUGUACUGAGCCAUCUAUGGCUGGCAAAAAGACCAAGCUCUACAGUUGUGCUGACUACAGCUAUGAAACACACCGUUCCCAUGAUUUGAAUAGACACAUGAGAAAACACACUGGGGGCAAGCCUUUCAGUUGUGAGAUUUGUGACUAUAAAUGUGCUUAUUCAAGUCAUUUAAAACAACAUCUCAGAACACAUACAGGAGAAACACCUUUCAGCUGCAACUUUUGUGACUAUAAAUGUACUCGUUCCAGUAAUUUGAAAAGACAUCUCAGAACACAUACAGGAGAAACACCGUUCAUUUGCGAAUUUUGUGACUAUAAAUGUACUCAAUCAAGUAAUUUGAAAAGACAUCUCAGAACACAUACAGGAGAAACACCGUUCAUUUGCGAAUUUU